CAAAAAAAAGCCAACAAAAAACAAAAGGCUUUUUUUUUUUUCUUUUGACUUUUUCAACACAAAGAAAAGAAGAACAAAAAAGACGAAGAAAAACCGAAAACCAAACCAAAAAGAAAGGAGUUUUGAAAUCGACGAACAAAAAUGUCGCACAGCGCGAUGAUGCUGGCCGAGGCAGUGACGCAGCAGAGCAGCCAGAGCCAGAGCCAGAGCCAGAGCCAGAGCCAGAGUAGCCAGAACCAGAGCCAUCCGAGUCAUCCGGGUCAUGGCGAUCACCAUCACCAUCACCAUCACCAUCAUCAUCAUCAUCAUCAUAAUAAUGGCGGGUUGUCGCCGUCGGACGCGUAUCUGCAGCAGCUCUCGUCGGGCGGUGGGCAGAUUGUAUCGUACAGCAUUGGCGCAGCAGCAGCAGCAGCACCAGGGCCACCCCCAGACUCGGACCUCAUCUUCAACUACAACUCACAGCCGACGUCAUCAUCAGCAUCAGCAUCAGCAUCAGCAUCCGCACAGAGCGGUGGCGCAGGAGGAGCAGCAGUAGGAGCUGGGCAAGGUUCAGCCAUCGCUGCUGCCGUUGCUGCUGCUGCUGCCGUCGCCGCCGUCGCGCACAGCCUCCCUGUUGCUGCUGCUGCGGGUGGUGGUGGUGGUGGUGCUGCUGCUGGUAGUGGCGGUGUUAGUGGGAGUGCUGGCGCUGGGACGGGAGCUGCGUCGCUGUCGAACUCAAUGGCGGCGUCGUCCUCGCCCGCUGCCUCUGCGGCCGCACUCACCGGCAGUGCGAGUAGUAAUAGUAAUCGGAUGAGCCUCAUGGCGUUUACCAGCCCCGGGCGGACGCGGUCGUCCUCGUCCACCAAGCUCGGCGGCGCCGAUGCCUCAGCCAACGCAAGUCCGUCCGCCAGCGAACAACAGCGAGCAGCGAGCCUCAGCGCAGGAAGCAGCGGAAGUAAGGCCAAGGACGGCUCGUCCAAAGACCCAAAGGACAGGGAGGCCAAGAAGGCCAAAAAACAACGCGAGAAGGCCGAAAAGCAGACCAAGGAUCGCGCCGAGAGCGACCUGAACGUGCGGCUGAAGAGCUUGCGCCAAGUCAUCGCCAUGAAGCAGAACAACUUGGAUGUGCUGCAAGCCGAGGUUCAAUCCGAGGACAGCGCCAGCGAAGUGCUCAUGGAGGAAAUGGAGGAGCUUCAGCAAGGUAUUCGGGAGCUUCGGAGAGAGGAGCAAGAGUUGCUCGCCCGUCAGGCUUCAGCCAAGAAUGGCACUCUUUCCCCUUCAGCGUCUUCGGACUCGGGCUUGACAACGCCCAGCUCGUCUGGAUCUAGCAGUGGUGGCAACAAGCCCAUUCAUGGAUUCGAGCCUAAAACAUUCUUUUCGCCAACUUUUUGCGAUUUCUGCAAAAAGUACAUGUUUCAAGGCGUCCGAUGCUUUACUUGCGGCUACAAGUGUCACCAAAAGUGCACUCCCUAUGCCUCGACCCAUUGUGGCAUCACGGUCGAGUCGGAGCAAUACUUCAAACGACUACUGACAGUCACCUCCCCCGCCUCAUCGUCGUUGGCGAAAAACCCGAACGUACUGCAGCGAUUGCUCGCGGCAACACCUUUGCCUCAUGAGCAAGAUGCUCGCUCCACACUGACCAAGCGUUCGUCAGAGCCAAGCUUACUCGAUGCGGUCGCGAGUUCCUCUCCGACCACCGCACGGGCAUCCUCGCUAAAUCCCCAGAUCGGAGACGACAGCUCAUCCAGUGUCGAAAAUGUUGAUUCGCGCACGUCCAGAACUACCGGCGGAGGUGUGCCGCCGUCAUCCUCGCAAACCUUCACCGACGACCACCAGCAACAGCAGCCACAAUCACAACAGCAACAGCAACAACAUGCAGUCACCUUUGUCACCCCGCCAACGCCCACCACACCAAAAGUACCAUUGUCCGCGACUGGCAGCGGCAUCACCAAGAUCAAAACCCAGUACUCGCGGGCUUCGAGUGCCGACGACGAUACCGCUCAAGCUCGCCGAUCCAACCAUGGCAGUCCGAGCGGCAGCUCGCAAUCGCUUGGCGCUUCUGCCAAUUCCUUACAGCACGUUCGACAGCGCAGCACAGAUAGCACUGGCAAUGCUGACAACCACGACCAUGACCGCGCCGCCAGCCAGAGCUCUUCCGGUUCUGGCGCCUCCUCCCAGCAGCAUCUAAGACAGUCCUCUGUUGGGAGCGAGGAUGCAGAGCUCUCUGAGGUGCACGCGUCUCGCGAACCCCUGCAGCAUGGCAGUAAGCUCGCCAACGCUCAAGCUUGGCACGCCGGGUCGAACGAUCGAAAUUCGCCUCUUCGAACACCGCAGUCUGGGGACGUUGGCAGCACCACUGCUGCUGCUGACGACGCUGGCUUCACGGUUUCUGCAUCCGCUCCAAGCAGCAGCCAGACCUCCAUUGCGUCCCGGAAAGGCACACCAUCGAACAGCAGCAACAACAACGCGCGGCUAAGCAUGCAUGUGUCGGGUGACGACUGGGAAAUUCCAUUUUCGGAAAUUGAAUUUGGUCAACGAAUCGGCUCGGGUGCGUUUGGAACAGUAUACAAGGGUCGCUGGCACGGCGUUGUGGCCGUCAAGCUGCUGAAUGUUGCCUCGCCCACCGAAUCGGAUCUCGUUGCCUUCCGAAAUGAAGUGUCUGUAUUGCGGAAAACUCGACACGAUAAUGUGGUCUUGUUCAUGGGCGCCUGUACUGCCCUUCCGAAUCUCGCCAUUGUGACCAAGUGGUGCGAAGGGUCUACGCUCUACAAACAUCUCCACGUCGACGAAACCCAGUUUGACAUUUCGCAGAUUCUCGAGACAGCGCGGCAGAUCGCGCAAGGCAUGGAGUAUUUGCAUGCCAAAAACAUUUUCCAUCGCGACUUGAAGUCUAUGAAUAUCUUCCUGGACUCGGAUGGCAAAGUUAACAUUGGUGACUUUGGUUUGUCGACUCUUUCUGCGCUCGGUGCCUCUGGAAUGAGCGCGCUGAUGGGAUCGAUUCUUUGGAUUGCCCCGGAGGUCAUUCGCAACCCUGUUGAGCCGUUCACGGUUUUGGCAGAUGUUUACGCUUAUGGCAUCGUCCUCUACGAGAUGCUCACCAACUCGUUGCCGUAUCAUGGGUUGAUGCCCGACCAAAUCUUGUUCCGCGUUGGCUUUGGGUUGAUCAAACCGGAUGUGUCCAAGGUUCGCAGCGACAUUCCUUCCAAGAUCACCAAAAUCAUGCAAUCGUGCUUUGAGCCUCAGCGCGACAACCGGCCCACGUUCCACCAGGUGCUGACCCAGCUCGAGCAAGUGACGCGAUCUCUCGCAAACAAAUUGCGGAGAAGCAACUCUUCACCUUCCCUAGCAGCUGCCAGUCACUUGAGCGCACCUGGCAUUCUUGUUCCAAGCGCACGAAGCAGCCGCGCCCCAAGCGUGUCCAGCAGUCAGGCGAGUUCACUCAACCUCGUCGGUCCCACCAGUAGCGGCAGCGGCGCGGCUGUCCCUGCGGAAGCCAGUGACAACCAGCCACCAGCAGUCAUUCCAACAAUCUGGCGUCGAUCAAGCUUGUCCACUGCAAGCGCCGCGCACGGUUCGGACUCGGAUGCAGGCAAGCUCUUCCACCACUCGCAGCUUGAGCCCAUUCGACCACGAAACAGCUCGGAUGACUUGCUUGCGACCUCAGACUCGUCUCAAAGCUCGGCCAGCAAUGACACCUCGCUCGAGUCGGAGGAAGAAACGUGUCUGUGAAGAUGUCAAGGUGUGGACGUGUGUUGAAGAUGGAGAUGUCGCGCCCCAGCUGGUUCUGCUGUGACUCGCCCCGUCCGUUUUUGGUUAACUUUUUUUUUGCUCUUGUCAGUAGUCGUUUUGCACGAUUUUUUUGUUUGUUGUUUCUUGGUAUUGCUUUGAUUUGCCGGUUUCUGUUUCUUGCUGUGCGGUGUUUUUGUGAUUCUUGAUUGUUUUUUGUUUUUUGUGUUUGGCCAAGCAUACAAUUCUACGCUGC